GUGAUUUCCAUUGUUUGUUGGCAACGAGCAGAGAAAAAUACUGUUUUCUCUGUUUUCCAACCAUAACCUAAUUGUUUUCACACGGAAAGUGUGCUUAUGUUUUGUGUAAGUUGCCUUCGAUUAAACCACUGAUAAAUGGAGAAAGCUUUAGAAGAACUGGUCAACUUUGUGCGAAUUGGGGCCCGAUUAGACCUCAAAACCGUAGCACUCGAAAACAUUUUAGAUCUCACGGGCUCUCCGGAUGGAGUUGCGGCUGUUUACAAUUACCCGCCGCUAUUGUUCGCCCUUUUAACGCUUCUACAAGACAAAUCGGCGCUAAUUGCAAAAGACGUUAGCCUAAGUUUGAUUAAUAUUACUGCCCAGGAAAAGGGGGCUGCGGCCGUCUUGGAGUUGGAUCUGAGCGUUGAAUGUCCUCCCUUACAACUGCCUCCGGAGAAUAUUGUGAAACAAUGCCUAAAAGAGAUUUUCAACAAAGAGAGCAAAAUCGCUGAUCAGUGCUGUAUGAUCCUGUCCAACGUGUCCAGACUGAGGCAUUUAAUAGAGAAAGUCAUAGAUUUAAUAGAGGAGAGUGGCCACACAUUUGAUGAACUCAUUGAAAUUUUCACAAAAAAUGAAUAUAACAAAUCAGCCAAACUUCACUAUUUGGGGCCAGUUUUGUCCAAUUUGACCCAAAGCAGACGAGUCCGGACGUUUGUGUUGGAUAAAAGCAAAUGUGUCAUCCAAAGGCUGCUGCCGUUCACUGAAUAUAAGGACUCAAUGGUUAGGAGAGGUGGAGUAAUCGGCACCCUGAAGAACUGCUGCUUUGAAACGGACUAUCAUGAAUGGCUGCUGAGUGAAGACGUAGAUAUUCUAUCCAGAUUGCUGCUCCCUCUUGCUGGACCUGAGGAGUUUGACGAAGAGGACAACGAUAAACUGCCUUUAGAUCUGCAAUAUCUUCCCGAAGAUAAAACCAGAGAAGGGGACCCGGACAUAAGGUGCAUUUUAAUCGAGGCCAUCACCCAGUUGUGUUCAACGCGGGUGAACCGAGAAUACAUUCGGGAUAAAAAUACCUACAUUAUCUUAAGAGAACUGCACAAGUGGGAGAAAGACCCAAAAGCCUUGCUAGCUUGUGAAAAUUUGGUGGAUAUCCUAAUAAGAACUGAGGAAGAAAUAGGGGAAAACAACCUGAAGGAACUGGAGAUUCCCACUCAUUUAAUUGAGAAUUUCAACCAGAUAGCCGAAGAAGCAUGAUGUGAUGAAUCAAUGUUAUUUUAAGUUAUGUAAGUUAAUUAGAAAUAAUCAUCAAUA